AUGGCGGACCGAUAUAUCCCAGAGCAUCGCCGAACCCAGUUCAAGGCCAAGAACACAUUCAAGCCCGAUGAGCUCCGUCGCCGCCGUGAGGAGCAGCAGGUCGAGAUCCGCAAGGCCAAGCGCGAGGAGAACUUAGCAAAGCGACGAGGCAUUGGCUCUGGCGAGAGCCGUCCUGGCGCUGCUCUCGGCGCCGCCCCCGACAGCGACGAUGAGUCGGCUCCCACUGAGUCUCAGCUUAACGAGGAUCUUCCUCAGAUGGUUUCUGGCGUCUUCUCCGACCAGAUCGACCUCCAAAUCCAGGCCACCACCAAGUUCCGAAAGCUUCUGUCCAAGGAGCGCAACCCUCCCAUCGAGGAAGUCAUCAAGACUGGCGUCUUCGAAGCCGCCUGGGCUCUGACCAACAUUGCCUCUGGUUCUGCCACUCAAACCCAGGUCGUCAUCGAGGCUGGCGCUGUUCCCAUCUUCGUCGAGCUACUUGGCAGCCCCGAGCCCGACGUGCGAGAACAGGCCGUCUGGGCUCUUGGUAACAUUGCCGGCGACAGCCCCCACUGCCGUGAUUAUGUCCUCAGCUGCGGAGCUCUCAAGCCUCUGCUUAGCUUGCUCGGAGACAGCCGCAAGCUGAGCAUGCUCCGCAACGCAACCUGGACUCUGAGCAACUUCUGCCGUGGCAAGACCCCGCAGCCUGAUUGGAACACGAUUGCCCCGGCACUUCCCGUUCUGUCCAAGCUCGUCUACUCUCUUGAUGACGAGGUCUUGAUCGAUGCCUGCUGGGCUAUUUCUUAUCUCUCUGAUGGCUCCAACGACAAGAUCCAGGCCGUUAUCGAAGCUGGUAUUCCCCGCAGACUCGUCGAACUUCUCCUGCACGCAUCCACUUCCGUUCAGACCCCCGCUCUUCGAUCCGUUGGUAACAUUGUUACUGGCGACGAUGUCCAGACCCAGGUCAUCAUCAACUGCGGCGCUCUCCCAUGCCUCUUGUCUCUUCUGAGCUCUACCAAGGAUGGUAUUCGCAAGGAAGCCUGCUGGACCAUUUCCAACAUCACUGCCGGUAACUCGUCUCAGAUCCAGGCUGUCAUCGAUGCCAACAUUAUCCCUCCUUUGAUCCACCUCCUGCAGAAUGGUGAUCUCAAGACCCGCAAGGAGGCCUGCUGGGCCAUUAGCAACGCCACAUCCGGUGGCCUCCAGAAGCCCGAACAGAUCCGGUACCUCGUUGCUCAAGGCUGCAUCAAGCCCCUGUGUGACCUCCUUGCCUGCCCCGACAACAAGAUCAUUCAGGUUGCUCUUGACGGCCUGGAGAACAUUCUCAAGAUUGGAGAUUUGGACAGACAAGCUGCAGGUGACGGUGCCGAUUCCAUCAACCGCUAUGCGCUGUUCAUCGAGGAGUGUGGUGGCAUGGAGAAGAUUCACGAUUGCCAGAACAACGCCAACGAAGAAAUCUACAUGAAGGCCUACAACAUCAUUGAGAAGUACUUCUCUGAUGAGGAGGAGAACGCAGAUGAGGGCGCUUCUCAGCCCACUGGCGCUAACGGCACCUUUGGUUUCGGCACCAACGGCGCUGCGCAGUCGGGAGGCUUCAACUUUGCCAACGGCGGUGAUUCUAUGGACAUGUAA